AUGGGAAGCAUGGUCGAGACGAGCAUGACCUCCGCGGGCACCGCGAGCUUUCUCCAGCACGCCGACGUGAUGAUUGCAUCCGUCGACGACUCGUACGAGGGCGGCCACCGGCACACCAAGUACAUCAUCCAGGUCACGGAGCGCGGCCACGGCCACUACGUCGUCUCGCGCCGGUACUCGCAGUUCCGCGUGCUCGCCGACGCCGUCCGCUCGAUCCUCUCGCGCACCAAGACGCGCGCGACCAAGUCCAACGCCGCCCACGACGCAGCCUGCCUCGCGCUUCGCGGGUUUCAAUUCCCAAAGAAAGUGAUGCAUUUCGGCUUCCUCGGCACGCCGUCGACGGCCAAAGAGGUCGUGUUUGACCGCCUGCGGCAGCUGCACCUGUACCUCCAAACGCUCUGCCACGUGCUGCGGACAUUCCAUUGGGAUGUAGCGUCGCAGAAGCUCAAUGCAAUGGCUCGCGACCAGGCCACCAUGCUCGCGCGGCUCCUCCAUGGCUUCCUCGCCGUGCCGGCCACCUUUGGCGUCAACCCGAGUACGUAUGUGCACACGAACCCAAUGUGCCGCAACUUGGCGUCGGUCUACUGCGCGCAGCACGCCGUCCUCCAAGAGAACGCGUCCAAGAAGCAGCAAGAGUUUGCAGUGCAAGCCGCGCACCGCGCCAAGCCGUAUGCGACCAUGAUCGACACCUACGGCACGGCGCUCGAGUCGCAGUGGCACCCGAGUGGCACGCUCCGGUCGUCGCGUGCGCCGUCGUACCCGGUCUACAACCGCAGUACAAAGGCGUCCGUGGUGCGCCCGAGCAUUGUGUUUUUACACGACGACGACCCGGCGUCGUCUCUGCACCACGCGCAGCAGCGCAACAACCACAGCAGUAGGCUCUCGAUGGACGACGACAUCCCGCUUCUCUGCAGCUCCUCCGACUGUGGUUCCCCACGCGACACCAUCUUCCUUGGCGAUUAGCAGCCAUCCUUCCCUCCGUGUCUUUAAGUUAUAGUAUCAUCCAAGUAGUAGUAAAUUGUCCAACGCCGC